GAGGGGGAGAGGGGGAGCUGUCGAUCGGCGAUGGAUUGAUCGGGUCUGUUUAAACAUGGCGGCCUCCAGGUGGCGGCGGCUCCUCAGCGCUUAAAACGCUCAGGACACUUGGGAAGAAAUUAUUUUGACGCUUGCCUUCGAUUACAGUUUUGGAAGAGGGUCUUGAUGAAAAAUGGGCCAUUAUUCAUCUGACAGUGAAGAUGACAGUAGAAGCCGGCGGAAAAAGAAAUACCGGCGGAGAUCAACAUCCAGCAGUUCUUCAGGCAGCAGAACAUCGAGUCGUAAAAAAUCUAGCAGAAAGUCACGUACUCGCUCUCGUGAUCGCCACUCCCCUUCGCGCUCCAAAGACAGAAGACGCAGACGGCACUCCAGCAGCAGCUCAUCGUACGAGGUCCGAAAGAAGCGAAGUAGUCGGAGUAGAUCGCGGGAUAGAGGGAAGUCUUACAGAUCUCGGCGAUCCAGGUCGAGAAGUAGAAACAGAAGAUCGAAAUCGAGACAUCGCCAGCGCUCCUACAGUCGAAGCAGUGAACGCUCCAGCCGUAGAAGAAGUUACACAAGAAGCCGAUCUCGUGAAAGAGAAAGACGUAAGGGUAGAGAUAAAGGAAGAGAAAGGGAUCGGGAGAAAGAAAAGGAAAGAGACUCGAGAAGCGAUAAGAAAGGGGAUCCUGGGAACAUCAAAGCGAGAUUAGAACAUCUGCCCCCCGCUGAACAGGCCAAAGCAAGACUACAGUUGGUACUCCAGGCUGCUGCAAAAGCGGAUGAACUAUUAAAGGCAAAAGAAAGGAAGGAAAAUGAUGCUAAGAAGAAGCGAGAGCAAGAACAAACUACUAUUGAAGAACAGGUGAAGCGAGUGAAAGAUAUUGAAGCCAUUGAAAGAGAUUCCUUUGUCCAGCAAACAUUCAGAUCAAAUAAAGAUACAAAAAAGUCACAAGAAUCCACUGAAUCUGAGCAUGAAUCUGCCAUUCUUGGCACAAAGACAGCUGAUUACACCAUUGGAAUCAAGCAAGAGAUUGACUACAUCCCUUCAGCUAUUAAAUAUCAGGAUGAUGCCACAUUAGCUCAUCCUAGUCUGUUUGUCGACAAGAAAGAAGCAGAAGAAAAGUGGUUCAAGAGGUUAAUUACUCUGCGGCAGGAAAAACUGAUGGGAAGCCCCGUGUCUGGAUUCUGAUUUUUGUUUGAACCAUAAGUGUUUGUAAAACCCACUAAUUGUUUUAUCUUGUAAAACCGAUGUUUGUAUUUCUACCACCGGAGAGUGAGUUUACGUGUAGUAAUCGGCUUUACGAAAAUUGACACCAGAUAGAUGUUAACUUCAAUGUCAACGAACGGCGCGGUCCAGGCUGAGACUUUUCCCUGUACACCCGACCGGGCAGCGUUCGUACAGCCCUUCGCGUUAUUCAAAUGGAUCGGGUUUGCGAAUAAAACUCUCGGUAAUCCUCGGAGUCGGGGGUUUUCUCCGGGAUCUGACUUGCAA